AUGAACUAUUCAAUCAGUUUGCGAGAUUUCAUUAAUGACCAGCCGUCAACAUCUCAAGAAAAUCUCAGUCAUAGUCAAUCAUAUGGAUGCUCUGAUGAGGAAUCAUUUGAAUCUGGCCAUACACCAUCACCUGAUGAACAACUUCCAAUUUGUGUUGAACAGAAUGAUACACCUACAGUUACUCUUGAGACUAGUACACUUCUAAUGACCCCUGAAAAGCAAAAUACUUACAAUCUUUCAUCAUCAUUACCAAACAUUGACUCAGACUCAACAAGUGCUUUUUCACCUGAUGUAGACUCAGUUUCUGAAUUUUCAUUUUCAACAGAUAGUGAAUCAGUAGUUCUUGGGUUUUCUGAUAAUGAUACCAGUUCUUCAUGUCUUGAUGACCAUUCAUCAAGCUUUUCUUCAUCAGACUCAUUUGAUACAAUUUCAUCAGCAAGUGAGACAGAAGAUAAUAAUGAUGCGGGCAUUCCAGAAAAUGAAUAUCAAGCUCUCACUCUUUUAUCUUGUUUUUUACGGAACCAGUUUUCGGCGAGUACAAGCAAAGAUGUAAUACAGACUAUAAAAACAAUGUUUAAACAUCAUGAGGACAUUUCGAAGCUGGACUUUGGCCAAAUGAUGUCCUAUGUUGACACUACACCAGUCAGAGAAGUACAUUAUUGUAUAAAGUGCAAUACUGUCUUUCCAGGUGACAAGGAUGUUUUUCAAUGCCAAACUACCAAUUGUGAUGGUCUCCGUUAUAAAGGUGUAUUGUCAAACCAACAAAGCAAGUCCAGACAGCCAAAUCAGAGCUUUGUGUUUAGUGAUAUUAGGAAACAGCUGAUUGAUCUUCUCAAAACACCAGGAAUUUGGGAAGAUAUUCAAACUACUAAAGCAGAAUCCUAUGAAAGAUUUCAAUCUGGAUCAACCCUUAUCACAGACAUUUCUGAUGGCAGGGAGUACCAAGCUUUGAUGAAGGAGGGCGGGUUUCUUGACCCUAAAACACAGAACAUCACAGCAGUGUUUAACACUGAUGGUGUGAACUUAUAUUCCUCAUCAAAGGUGGAAUUAUGGCCUAUAUUUUUAGCUGUAAACGAGCUUAGUCCUCCAAAACGCUUUUGCAGGGAUAACAUCUUGCUUGUGGGAAUAUGGCAGGGUAAAGAAAAAACCCCUUUCAAUCCAUUUUUCAGGAUCUUCAGUGAGGAUAUGAACUCACUGUAUAAUGUUGGUGUUGAUGUUCAAAUUGGAGAUGAAGCUUACAAUGUGAAGCUUGCAAUUAUAUGUGGCAUUGCUGAUUUACCAGCUAAAGCAGAAAUCCUCAAUAUGUCAUAUUUCAAUGGAUCACAUGCUUGUAUCAAGUGUGAGGAGCCUGGGAUGACGGCACAGCAAGGGAAAGGAUACGCAAGAUGUUUUCCAUAUAGACUUCAGGGAGCACGGUAUCCAGAUCGAAAUCAUGCAGACGUAUUGGUCAACAUGGAAAAUGAUUCUGCAAGAAAUAGAGAAAAGGGUUUCAAAGGAGAAUCUGGACUCAAACAUUUAGAAAGUUACAACCUUGUACUUGGAACAGUUCCAGAUUACAUGCAUGGCGUACUUCUGGGGGUUACCAAAUCACUUAUGAACAAAUGGUUUUCUCCAUCACAGAGUGGCAAAAAUUACUUUAUUGGCAACAAAUUGAAAGUAAUUUCAGAAAAAAUGAAGCAGAUGAAACCACCAGACAGUAUUGAGAGGCUACCAAGGGACCUGGAAAAGCAUUACAGCCACUUCAAAGCGACAGAACUACAAUCUUGGCUCUUAUAUUAUGCUUUUCCAUGUUUGCUAGGCAUUCUCAAGGAUGAAUUUCUUGAAAACUUCUUGUGUCUCUCUGAAGGUGUCCAUAUUCUUCUUGGAGACUGCAUUAAUCAACAAUCUCUGAAGAAAGCCAUUGAUCUCUUGGAUCAGUUUUAUUCUGCGUUCCAGAAUCUUUAUGGUGACGGCUCAUGUGGUCUGAACAUCCACAACACCAGUGUGCACCUUGCAGAGUAUGUGAAGCUUUGGGGACCAUUAUGGGCAUGGAGUUGUUUUCCGUUUGAGGAUGCAAAUGCUCAACUUCUCCAAGCUGUUCAUGGAACAGGACUGGUUUUGAAACAAGUAAUGGCUUAUAGACAGGCGCAAUCUUGCAUCCGGAAGAGAGGUCUUGCGCUUAAAAAGAAAGAAGGAUGGAAGAUAACGUACGAAGCAAAUAACUGUGAUGUUGCUGGUAUGCUAAAGUCGGUAAAGCUCCAGGAAAUGGAAAAUGAGGUCAAGGAACAAUUAAUCACAGUGCAUGAUAGCUUCAAGUUAAACAAUUUGAAGAAAAUGGACAGGAUAGUCGUGAAUGAAAGACGGUUUUAUUCAGAAAACUAUAGUCGUAUGAAAAAGAGGAUAUCCAGUGUAGUUCUGUAUAACCAACAUGAAAUUGGAUCAGUGAAGUAUUUCAUUUUAUGUGAUGAUUUGACUUUCUGUAUUAUUGAAAAAAUGGAGAAGAUUCCACCAUCUCAACUUCAAAUCAGAGUAGCAAGCCAUUUCAUUCCUGUAAGAUGCACAAAAACCUUGACAGUGGUGAAUGUUGAACAGCUUCGUGAAGUCCUUGUUUACCUCAGCUCAAGUGCAAUGAACUGUUCAUUUGUUGUCCGAAUGCCAAACAACUAUGGCCAUGCAGUCUUUAAGUGAACAAUCAGACUGGUAGACUGGUAGUUUUAUAUAUAUUGAAAUCCUAAUGUAAGCAAACAU